GUGUGCCAGCACCUCCGGUGUCCCCGAGCGCCACCCUGACCUUCCUCCCCUCCUCCUCCUCGUCCCUCAGGACGACAUCCCGGGACAAGCUGCGGCCCAUCGCGCUCACGCUGGCCCACGGCAUCGCCGCGGCGGGGCCACGGGGCGGCCACCGGGGGGGCCGCGGGACGGCGCUGCCCCCGCUGCCCCCCGCGCUCAGCCCGCGCCAGCCCAGCACGCACCGCACCGAGGUGCAUUUCCUGCGCCAGGGCUGCGGCGAUGACAAAAUCUGCCAGAGCCACCUGGAGCUGCGGCCGCGCUUCUGCGCCCGCCUGGGCGACAGCGACUUCCUGCCCCUGCCCAGGGACGAGGAUGGCACUGCCAUCUUCGCCGUGAGUGACCAGAAGGACGUGGCCCUGGAGGUGCAGGUGACCAACGAGCCCUCGGACCCCGCGGAGCCGCAGAGGGACGGGGACGAUGCCCACCAGGCCCUGCUGGUGGCCACCUUCCCCCCGGAGCUGCCCUACGCCGCCCUGCGGAGCGACGAGCCCGGGGGGCUCGGGGACAAGGUGCUGUGCUUGGCCAACCAGAACGGCUCCAGGGUGGAGUGCGAGCUGGGGAACCCCCUCAAACGCGGGGCCCAGGUGCGGUUCUUCCUCAUCCUCAGCACCUCGGGCAUCUCCAUCCACACCACGGACCUGGCGGUGCAGCUGGAGCUGUCCACCACCAGCGAGCAGCCGGGGCUGGAGCCGGUGGUCGCCCGCGCCCGCGUGGUCAUCGAGCUGCCCCUGGCCGUGACGGGCGUGGCCGUGCCCUCCCGGCUGUUUUUUGGGGGGGCAGGUGCUGGGGGGAGAGCGCGACCCCCGGGCUCGGCGGCGCUGGCCGUGCAGUGGCCGCUGGAGCUGCCCAAUGGGAAGUGGCUCCUGUACCCCCUGAGCCUGGAGCUGGGCACCCCCCCCGUGCCCUGCAGCCCCCCCGCCAACCCCCUGCACCUCGCCCUGGUGAGAUCUGGGGGGCUGGGGGUGGCCGGGGGUCUCCGGGGGGGUCCAGGGGGUGUCCAGGGGAGCCGCCAGGCCAGGGUGACCCCCCCCGAGGAGCCCCCGGCCCGCUCGUGGUGGGUGCCCGCGGGGAGGAGGAGGAGGAACGUGACCCUGGACUGUGCCCGGGGCACGGCUCGCUGCCGCCCGUUCCGGUGCCCGCUGCCGUCGCUGGAGCGCUCGGAGCUGCGGGCGCGGGGCCGCCUCUGGAACGGGACCUUCCUGGAGGAGUUCCUGGACGUGGAGAACCUGGAGCUGAUCGUGCGCGCCGAGGUCUCGGUCACCUCCCCCCGCGGCAACGUCGUCAUCAAGGACGGGGGUGGCGUGUCCGUGUCGCUGCACCUGGACCCGGGCGUGGCCGUGGCCGCGGUGCCCUGGUGGGUGCUGCCGCUGGCGGCGCUGCUGGGGCUGCUGCUGCUGGCACUGCUCGUGCUGGGGCUCUGGAAGGUGGGGUUUUUCCGGCGGGCGCCGCCGCCGGCCGUGCCGCGGUUCCGGGCCGUGCGCAUCCCGCGGGAGCAGCGGCCGCAGGCGCGCGAGGGCCGCACCGGCGCCAUCCUGCGGCCGCACUGGGCGGCCGGGCCCCGCCGCGGGCACGGGGACGGCGCCGGCGCCGCGCCGGGACCCGCCUGAGCCGCGCCCGCGGACGGACGGACG